CAAUUCUUUGCUAGGAGCACCCGUAUCGCUGACGCUGCGCCAAGUCGAUACGCAUUUGAAAGCGGUAGCAGCGCGCGAUCCUGAUUCUGACGAGUUUCAUUCUAUGGGGCACGACACUUAGAUAGCUAAGCGAGUUAUGUGUAUUGAUAGAAAUUCAUUUUCACUCAUUCCCUGACUUACUUGGUUCAUGCACUUCUUUUAUUUUUUGUGGUAGAAUGUCUUUCUCUUUUCCUCUUACACUAGUGCACAGCCACAGUCGUGGUCGCAGUAUCAUAAUGUACUUUCGAGGAGGGUAUAAUUUGAUGUGUUACCCAAGGACCUGUCACCUUUCAUACAUGAUAUUCGUGACGAGGAUUUGUUCGGACCAGGAGGGGAUGCGCGCCACGCUAGUACAACCAGCGUGGAGACCGUCGAUCCCGACAGCGCAGGGAAGCGCACGCCUAAGAAGUCUACACGGAGGAAGAAACACCAGCCCAUGAAAUUCAAUCUGGAAAAGCAAAAGCCACCCCGCAUCUCCUCUGCAGGCAGGCGGUUAAUGGAGUACAACGAAAGGCAAGCAGCUGCUGCUGGACAUGAUCCUUCCUCGUCGAAGCAGGGUGGUGAGCGGCACUCCCGAAGUUCG